AUGUUUUCUGAAAAUUUCAAUGCCAAGGCCGUAGGGACCUUCGAAAAGGUAUGCGAGCAGGUUGACACUUACGCUAAAAAAGGCAAGGAUUCAUUCGAAGAAGUCAAAGAAAAGGCGGCAAAUUUGCACCUUAACAUCCACGAAGUUGUCGAGCGAGCCAAGAAUACAGCUGAUCCGUAUGUGAAAAGUACUCGGCAAAUAGCUGAGCAUAUCGUAGAGUCUGGAAAGGAGAGUACAAAUUCGGUUACGUCUACAAUACACAAGUGUGUGAAUCACGCAAGUAGGAUGUACAGCACCAAAAAUGGAACUUUUUGCGUCGUCAGUGAAUUGAUUGCGAUUUAUGUGUUUGUAUGGUGGUACAUUAUUACGCUUAUACCCUUCGUAAGACAUUUUAUUGCACAGUCGUAUAACACUGCAGACUCUCUUAAGAUUGUUUCUGGAGUGGAGAAGCUUGCUUCUUUGACCCUAGAAGCCGUGGAUCGCAUCCCCGUUGUUGGUCCUCGUUUGCAUGUAAUUAUUACAUCAUUUCAAAGCGAGAUAUCUCAGGAUGUGAAACUCCUUAUCGGUCAAAUCUCAGUCAAGAACAAACACGAAUAA